AUGUCGAUGACGGUAGCGCAACAGCCACCACCGGAGGUGGCUGUAACGGAGGAGCCAUAUUACAACUCUCACACCGCUCAUGUUUCUAUUGCUCCUCUUAUAGCUGUACUUUUGGUGAUCACAAUCUUAGGCAUUGUGACCAGCAUGAUCGGACGACUAUGCACUGGCCUGAAAGUCAUGAGCGUUGGUCAGUUCGACAUCGAAAGUUGGAUCGAAACAAAGUGUUCUUGCAUUGAUGGCAGGAUAUAUCCUCACCAGCCACCACCAAGGUCUAAUGCUUCGUCAGCUACUUCUGUUUUAACACCAACUGAACGCCAACCACAGCAAGAAUAUCAAUCCCCUCAAACCCCCACCACUUGA